AUGUCGUGGUCGUGGUCUCAUCAGUGGAUGGAUGUAUGCAGUUCGGGUGGCUCCUCCAGUACUUCAAGCACUGGAACAGGGUCAUCAGCCGGUGGCCCAGGAAACGGAAGCACAGGAGGUGCUAGAAUGGCUGUAAUUGGGGUAACUCGAAAUGUAAGACUGAGAAGACGAGGAGCUUCCGGCUUUGGGUUUUCACUUCGUGGAGGACGAGAGUACGCUGCUGGUUUUUACGUCAGUGAUGUUCAACCUGGCGGUGAAGCUCAUCGAAAUGGCCUCAGAGUUGGUGACCAAAUAAUUCGAGUGAAUGGUUAUCCAGUGGAAGAUGCUGUUCAUCAUGAAGUUGCGCUUUUGGCUAAAAACCAACAAGUUUUAGUUUUAAAAAUACGAAGCGUUGGUAUGAUACCUGUUAAAGAUAAUCCAAAUGAUCCUGUAACGUGGCACAUGGUUCAGCAACAACAACAACAACAACAACAACAACAUCAUCAUCAUCAUCAACAGUACCAACAACAAAUUCAAUACAACGAAUCAAAUCCAAUUCCCUACAACGAAAUACGUGUUAGAGUUAUGGUAGGUGAAAAAGGUAGACUAGGUUGUGGCGUUUGCCGUGGAUUAGUUCCAGGGUUAACUGUUCAGGGAACAAGAGAAGGUGGACCAGCGAGGGCUGCUGGUUUGAAAGCCGGUGAUGUAAUAACCUGGUGCAAUGGUCAAAGGCUAACAGAUCUCCCAUUUGAGCGAGCCAUUGAAAUAAUGCGAGGUGCUGCUAUCUUGGAUCUUAUAUUAAACCGUCCAAUACCACCCAGCAACAGCAGCAGCAGCAGCAGCAGCAACAGUCUCUACGAUUGUCCUGAAACUCUUUGGAUGCGCGGCUCCAGCGGUUACGACUCUGAGUCAUCGAGCUUGUUAACGGCAAGUCCGUCACCUCCAGCUCACCAAAAUCCACCCUCACCUCAGCAUAAUCAUCAUCAUCAUCAUCAUCAUCAAAACAACGUUCAUCCUCAAUCACGUUACACACGAGAACGUGAUGAUCCUUGUAAUAAUCGCAACGGCAGAGCUUGCUGUCCUUUGGCAUUGUCAACAAGCAGUGGUUCGUCUUCUGAGUGGAGUCAUCCAAGUGAUCAGAGUCCGGAGUGGACACGUAGACCAAAUAACACGACGGUUAUACGAGUUAACCAGAAUAAUCAUCUAAAUAAUCAAAACCAGUAUCGUUCUAAUGCCAGUGGUGAUGUUGGUGGUGUUGGUGAUGGAGGAACAUCCAUCUCAUCUAUGGUUCAUCCAACAAACAACACAAAUCAUCUAAAUUAUGGUUUGCGUAGUGAGACCGGAAAUGAGCCACUUUACGAUCCUGUACCGCCGCGGGAUUACGAGAGCCAUGAUUUUGAUGCCAAUCCGGUUGAAGAAAGAAAUCGGAGAUUGUUGUACGAGAAAGAGAGCAUUGAUCUUUAUGAUCCACCUGCUUCUGAAGAUCAUCAUCAUCAUCAUCAUCAUCAUUAUAAUAAUUCUAAUGGCCAUUCAAAUGUUAUUCAACGACACGGUGAAAUAGAGAGACAGACUGUUACUACAGUUGAAGUACAUGAAAAUUGUGGACCACCUGCUCCGCCUUGUCCACCUCCAAUGUCUUAUAAAUGGCAAUCAGAAGCUAAACCAAUGAUAAGUAUGGGAAAACAAAUGGGAAGUACGAUGUCUAUGGGGAGCACUGGCUCUACAGAGACUGAAUCUAGUUUAGAAUCUUGCGGAAAAGAUUCAGCCUCAACUUCAUCGUCUCUGUCGACGUCAUCUUGUGAUCCUGCGUCUACUAUAACUUCAGGAUCUACCAAUACUUUGUCAACCGGGACAAUAAAAUCCCCAGAAGCUCCAGUAUUUAAUCGCUUUGCUGCCGUAUCUAACGUAUCUAAUUCUAAUUCCAAUACUAAUAAUUUUGCUGCAGGACGUCCAAGUCCUCCCGUAUCAAGUACUGAUCUCAGUACUGCCAUAGCUCAAGAAUUCCAGCGACGUGCUCAACAGAGAAGUUUAAACGCUGCCAAAGGUGAAAUUAACAAAGUGGAAAAACCAUUGUUUGAAUCUAAAAAACCACAAAUUCCUCCGGAGAAUAAAGUUACUCAUGACAAGUUAAUGGAGGAAUUUAAACGUGCUCAUAAAAAAAUGUUUAAUGGCAAUCAACAAAAAGUACAAUUUUCAGAUCAACUUUCUGAAAAAGAGCAGGAGAAAAGAGUAGCAAAUGAUAGUUCUGCUAUAAAGGGAGGUGGUACGCCUCCACCACCGCCGAUGCCUCUACCAACGUCUCCAUUAAAAAGUAACAACAAUAAUGUAAAUGGAAAUAAUAUUAUCAACACUAACAACAACAACACCAACAAUAAUAAUAAUAAUAAUAAUAAUAAUAACAAUAACAAUAGUAAAGAAGACUUGGUGGAAAUGCAGAGCAUUGAAUCUUUCAAACUGAAAGAAAGUCCAAGUUCAGUAAUACCAAAACCACCGCCGACGUAUUUCUCAACGUCAGACUCAUCUUCACCAAUCUCGACUCCAUCAAAUGGAAGCCCGAGACACUCUGCACUGCUGACUAAAACUCAAAUAAAUAAUACUACUACUGUUACUACUAAUAAUAUUAACCAGCAAACAAUGGAGAAGAAUAUUAAAACAAAUUCGGGUUCGCCUACUGUAACGUCUACGGGAAAUGGUAAAGUUGCUGUGAAAAUUGGUGCUUAUGAAGGUGAAGCUAAACAACCCUCAAGAUUUGAUUUUCUUCCUCAACAACAGCGCACUGUUACCGACUCAGUGACUAAGCCUGCCGCAAAUGGUGAGAUCGUGACCAAUGGUCCCGUCGUUUCGAGACUCCAAAAUGAGCUGGCAGCUACUCUUCAGCGUUCUAAUUUAAAAAAAAAAACCAACCAAGAGAAUGUAUCAGCAAUACAAAUGACUAAAUCUCCUAGUCCAGAAUCAACCAACAGACCCGUUACACUAUUACAGAGCAAUGUCGAAAAAUUAGCAGCUGCUUUAUCUAACAGGGUAACUAUUAAAGUAAAUCCUGAAAAUGAAUCACGAUAA